GAAGCGCGGGCGGCGCAGCGGCACCCGAGGCCCGGGCCGGGCGGGACCGGACCGAACCGGAGCGGACCGGACGGAACCGGAGCGGACCGGCCCACAGCGGAGCCAUGGACGGGGGCGGCCGAGACCUGUUGAGGACCGAAUCGCUCCUGGAGGAGGGAGAAGACGCGGCUGCCUCCGUCGGGGCCGGCGAGACCCUGUCGCAGCAGGAGCAGGAGGAGCUGAGGAAGGAACUCGCCAAGGUGGAGGAGGAGAUCCAGACGCUCUCUCAGGUGCUGGCGGCCAAGGAGAAGCGGCUGGCGGACAUCAAGAGGCAACUGGGGGUCAGCUCGCUGCAGGAGCUGCGGCAGAACCUCUCCGAGGCCUGGCAGGACGUGACCGCCACCACCGCGUACAAGAGGACGUCCGAAACGCUGUCUCAGGCUGGCCAGAAGGCCUCGGCGGCCUUCUCGUCCGUCGGUUCGGUCAUCACCAAGAAGCUGGAAGACGUGAGGAACUCCCCUACUUUCAAAUCUUUUGAAGAAAAGGUGGAAACCUUGAAGGGCAGCCCGAGCACGCCUGCGUCGUUCGCCUCCAUGCUGAGGCACUCACCCUUGGUCCAGAUGGGCCCCGCAGCCGACAAGCUGGUGAUCGGACGUAUCUUUCACGUGGUGCAGGAUGACCUCUACGUGGACUUCGGGGCCAAGUUCCACUGCGUGUGCAAGAGACCCCAGCAGGAUGCUGAGAAGUACCGGGAAGGGGCCCGAGUGCGCCUGAGGCUGGUGGAUCUGGAGCUGACGUCCAGGUUCCUGGGAGCCAAGACGGACACCACCCUGCUGGAGGCCGACGCGGUGCUCCUGGGCCUCCUGGACGGCCACACGCCCCCGAAACCCAGAGAGGAAACCCCGGCGAGGGCAUAGCCGGCCGCCAAAGGACGGGACCGGCCCCUCGGCGUCCGGGUCCCCGGGCUGAGCUCCCCCACCCCCUUUCGGGAAUGCUCUGGAAGGAGCACCUCCACACGGGGAGAGGGUAUGAUGGCCGAUUGAUGGGUGAUGCAUUAAGCCCCCACCGCGUGCUGACUGCUACGUGAGGACGAUCAAUAAAGGUCAGGCCUAGCGUCUGCUGUGAAAAUA